AGUUGGUUGUUUUAUGGCCUUCACAGUUUUUGACUUCUACAAAGCAAGCUGUGAUACUCAUGGAAUUGUAAAUCGUGACAGUGAAAUGAAUGCACCUUCUCUAUUUCAAAAAAAAAAAAAAGUUAGUGGGCUCUGUGAACUUCACGAUUCUUACUAG